AUGCACAACGGUUACGGGUAUGAACCAGAGGAACGUUGCACCAGUUUUCUGUUCCGUUACUUCCUUUACAUCGGUGUGACCGUCCUACUUGGCCUGCAAUUGUACCCCUUUAUUUCCGGCCAAAAUGGGAUUGAAAGCGAUUUUCUUGACAUCAAAUACGUCGCGAUGCAGCUAUCUAGAGGACUGGCCGAACUGAACAGAAAACACGAGAAGCUCCACAGUGAGUUGAGGCGGAUAUCGGAGGAGGAGGAGGAGGAUCCGGCUGGCACAGCGGCGUCGGUACGGACAGACUCACCGAACGUGAGAUCGCAACUACCACACGACCUCCACGUGUAUGACUAUGAUCGACAGAUGGCGGACUUCGCAUUGGAGACGACGGGUGCUCGAGUCAUAGAUACGGGUAGCACGGUGGAGCACUUCGUGUACGAGUCGCCCGCUAGUUGGAUGCUGUACGCGCUCAGCUCGGCGGUCAGCCGCGGCUGCGUGGGGGCCACCACGAUGCUGCAGCCGGGGACGCUGCCCGGGGAGUGCUGGGCCUUCAAGACGGGCAGCGGCGAGGCUACUAUCCGCCUGAUCGCCACGGUCCAAGUCGCCGGCGUUAGUCUCGAACACAUCCCGGCGCAUAUAUCACCGAGAGGCGACAUAUCGUCAGCUCCGCGGCAGUUUGUCGUGCAAGGUCUGAAGGACCUCAACGACCCCCAUCCCUUUGAGUUCGGCUCGUUCGAGUACGACAAGGACGGCCCUCCGAACCAGUACUUCGAAGUGCGGCCGACUACAAAAGGAUACAAUUUGGUGCGUCUGAAGAUUGUCUCUAAUUGGGGACACCCGGUGUACACAUGUGUGUAUCGCUUCCGCGUUCAUGGGCGACUGGCCCGCGACAAUACCGCUCACGCUACAGACGAUGAGGAACUUCAAAUAAGUAAUGAGUGA